AUCUGAACGUCCCUGCCUGACUAUCCCGCACCUAUCCAUAGUAGUUGUGAUCAGUGCAAUGCCAGACGCAUCCUUGUUUCAGAACCACUGUCAAACACCAGCAGUGUAACAACAAAAGAACAACAUGGCCUCUCGUGGGAAAUCAGAAACAAGCAAACUGAAGCAAAACAUGGAGGAGCAGCUGGAUCGAUUAAUGCAACAGCUUCAGGACCUGGAGGAAUGCAGAGAAGACCUCGAUGACACAGAAUAUGAGGAAACCAAAAGUGAAACUCUGGAACAACUCAACGAGUUCAACGAGUCAUUGAAGAAACUCAUGUCUGGCAACAUGACCCUGGUGGAUGAACUGGGCGGAAUGCAACUGGCAAUACAAGCUGCCAUCAGCCAGGCCUUCAAGACUCCUGAGGUCAUCAGACUCUUUGCAAAGAAACAACCGGGACAGCUGAGGACAAGGCUGGCAGAUAUGGAUAGAGAUGUCAUUGUGGGAAAGCUUUCACGGGAUGUCUACACGCAGCAGAAAGUGGAGAUCCUCACAGCUUUGAGGAAACUGGGGGAGACGCUCACAGCGGAGGAUGAGGCCUUCUUAGCAGCCAAUGCCAGUGCCACUCUCAGCCAGUUUGAAAAGGUUACUGCCAAUCUGGGGUCAGAAGACAAGAUAAUGGCAUUGGCUAGCUCUGGAGUGGGGAAAACCAAAGCCUAGCCGUAACUUGAUGCACAGCUAAGCUGAGUAUUCCAGUGUUGUACAGGUUGUAAGUGGUGUUUAAUACAAAAACGCAGCGUCCAUUGAACCAGAAUCUAAAGGAUGAUGAUUGCAGUCCACUAGCAUCGCAAAAGUAUACAGCAAAAUAAUGUAAUUCAUGUGCUGGUUAAAUCUAAUUCAAUAUUUGUCAAGUUACUGUAUAUCACCUAAUUCAGUUAUCAUGUUAUGUUACCUAAUUUAGGUCAUCUUUACUCAGUGCUGAAUCCACAUUGAGCAGGGCAUUUCUAUUUGAACUUGAUAUAUCAACAUUUUCUUAAGUAGCUAUUUUGUGGUCAUUGCCAGACAUCUGGCCCAACAAUACUGCCCUGUCCAUUUAAAAAUAUAUAUCAUUUCCUGCCUGUUUUAUAUUAAAUUUGAAGUGCCAUCCAACUAGAGACGGUGCACACUCCAGCGUUGUUGCUGGUUUAGAGUGUAAGCAGUGAUCUUGAUUUGACUGUCAUCAAUGCAUGCAAAGACUUGAUUGUAUAUUAGAAUAAUCCUUUAGGUACAAAGUGAAAGUUUACAUUGCUGCUUAAACGUAUGCCUUGGUCAUGCGAAUCUACAGUAUAGGACACAUAAAUAUAAUCUUUUUUUACUUUGUUAUUCAUUUGCUGGUUUGUUUUGGAGAAAUCAUGAAACAUUUUAUUUGCUGUCCUGCCUAUGAUGGUCAAUGAUUUGCACAGUGCCAAUGACUGACCAUAUUUUGAAAUGAUGCUGCAGGAAUUGUGCUGAUAACCCUUUUCUGUGCUGCAAUUCAUACACAGGUGUUUAAGCCUGUGUAGCGUCUUCUUACAUUGUUGUGAUUUUUAUAUUGUGAUGAUGAGGCUGUGAUGUUUUAUUUUCCAAGGUUUUAUGUGAAUCAUAUUUAUAAGUAUAUGAUGAAAACAACUA